AUUUCUGUAUUUUACAUAUUACAUUUGUUUUUUUAUCUUUUUCGUUGCUGGGGAUUAUUCUGAGCUCUGGGGCGUUUGGCGUUACUUUUGCAGGUGCGGUUUUCAUAUUCAUUGGGGACAAAGAAGACACCUUUGUUCUACACAUAAUCAUUCUCGUUUCAAUCCAUUCGCCACAUUCUCCCAUUGUUCAAGAUCCCGCCUUCUCUCGCGUUUAAUCCACUUCUCAGCUUCUUCUUUGUCGAUAAUUUCUUUCCAACUCUUUUCGCGAUCGUUUAUUUCCAAUCUUUCAGGUUCUUGUCAUUGAUCAUGAACUAUGAAGCCUCCGACAGUAGCGGUAAGUUAGAAUAAUUUGGAUUUUGUGGGAAUGUGUAGUUCUUUCCAAUGUAGUUUGGGGUUUUUUUCUUCUUUGAGCUUGCUGGGCUCUUUAUUUGGGCAAUUGGGAGUUCUUUGAUUGUUCUGUUGAGUUGAAGUGCCUGAUUUGGUGGUUACUUCGACGAGUGCUUCAAAAUAGGUUUUCAGUUUUUGGUGUAUAAACGGAAAUUGGGGUUUGGUCAUUUGGGGCAUCCAUGGAAUAAAGGUUUAAUUGGGUUUUUCCCUUUGUUUUUAUGAGUACUGGGUUUUAUCUUUUCCGUUAUUUAGGUUUUAAUUUUUGUAAUUCUUCGCGAAAUUUGUAUGCGAGAAGGGGGGAGAUUUUAGACUAUUGCGCUCGAUCAUGGUGGGUAACGGCCGUUGCUUGACUGGCAAGCCAAGGAAUUUUCUUUUUGGUUCCAUUUUCUCAAGGGCAUAAUGAGGCAGGCAUGAAUCUGAACGAAAACGAAAAUUGAACCUUCGAGCAGAGAAAUUAUUCCAUUUAGGACUGUGAAGAUUAAGGCUUUUCUGGAUUAUGAGUUCCCUCAGUAUCCUGUUCGGUUGAAUUGUUCCUAACAUAAAGCAUACAUGAUAGGGAUUUCAUCAUUAUAGCCUGUUUAUAGGAACCUGGAGGAUGUUAUCAGAAUAUCACCAUGUUAAUGGGGAAAAUGAUGAGUUAUUCUAGGUGUAACAUCCUUUAAAAUCAUGUAUCCUGCAUAUGAAAUAACUGCAGGUACUGAUGAUGAUCUUCCACCAUCACGUCAUAACAGAGUUUCUAGAAAGGGGAUGCCUGGUUUGAGUUCUUUCUCAUACUCUAGAGUGCAUGACAUGGAGGCCCAAAUCCAUCAUCUCGAACAAGAAGCUUACUGCUCAGUACUGCGUGCAUUUAAAGCCCAAGCGGAUGCCAUUACCUGGGACAAAGAAAGCUUGAUAACGGAGCUUAGGAAAGAAUUGAGAGUAUCAGAUGAUGAACACAGAGAGUUGCUCGCCAGGGUUAAUUCUGAUGAUAUCAUCCGUGAGAUUAGGGAGUGGAGACAGGCAGGUGGGCACCUAAAUGUGAGACGCAGUUCGUCCCAGCCAAUUCAUGAUGUUGUUCCCAGUCCAACGGUUUCAGCGUCGCGUAAGAAGCAGAAAACAAGUCAACUGAAUGCACCAUUGCCUGGUUUUUCAUCUAUGAAACCGAUGCAGUACUCUUCUUCUGUUCCUGCUGGAAGUAGACAGUUAAAUAAUCAUAGUUCUUCUGGUGCCCUUCUGGCAAAUGAAUCUGCUGAAGCUCCACCAUAUGACACUUUAAUUGGAAGGAAAGUGUGGACCAGGUGGCCCGAGGACAACAGCUUUUACGAGGCUGUCAUAAAAGAUUACGAUCCUGUUAAGGGCCAGCAUGCAUUGGUUUAUGAUAUAAAUACUGCACGAGAGACAUGGGAAUGGGUUGAUAUUAAAGAGAUCCCGCCGGAGGAUAUUCGAUGGGAUAGUGAGGAUCCAGGAAUCACUCAUCGAGGAGGUCACGGAGGGCAAAGCCGUGUCUAUAGAAGAUUGCAAAGCUUGGGUGGUGGGUUAGCUCCUGGUAGUACAGGUAGAGGGAGAGGACACUCAAAGAGCCAAUCCAGAAAGGAAAUUUCGCCAUCACAAAAUGGUGUUGGAAAGAAAGUGCUGGAUGAUAUAGAAUUACUUAAUACAGAGGCAUUGGUACAGGAGGUAGAGAAAGUUUUCAAUACAAGUAAUCCCGACCCUGCAGAGCUCGAAAAGGCAAAGAAAAUGCUUAAAGAUCACGAGCAGGCACUUGUGGAUGCAAUUUCUAGACUAACUUAUGCAUCUGAUGGUGAAAGUGAAGGGGCGCAGCCAAAUGUGCAUGACCAAUUAGUUGACAAGAACAAUACUUGAGCUACCAAUUGCCAGUGCAAGUGCCAGUGCCAAAUCUGAAUAUGGAAAUGUCUACAAUUAUUGAGUUGUACCAAAAAUUACUCUAUGUUAGUGGAUCAAAUUCUUUUGUUUUUUUUUUAAUGUUUUUCUCUUCCAGGGAGGGGGAGGGAUUGCCUUUUCUUAUGAUUAUCUAUGGCACUAGAUAGAAUAGUAAACAAUAUUGUGAAAAUUAGCACUCUGUAGCUUUGUAAUUGCAUUACUCCCGAAUUCUUUCAA